AGCAUCGUAAUCAUGUAUGAACACGGGAAUUCUAGCUGGCUAGCUAGCUGCUGUUUUAGAACUACAAUAUAAACUGCAGAAAAUGCUCUGAUACCUCCACAGUCCACACACAAAUCAAACAUCUGUAAAAGAAAGCUAAACAGAGUAUACGACAAUGUCGAAUUCCUGCUGCUUCAUCGCAACCCAGCUGAUCGUAUUGUUCCUCCUGAUCGCUGCCUGCCGAGACACGAAUGCAAGAAAAGAUAUUGGAGAGUUCAGGAAGAGCGUGGUGAAGGAUCAAUUGGGCGACGAGCUACUACUAACGACGAAGACGUUUGAAAUCUCUCCCGCCAAAACAGAGUAUCUUGAUGCAGAGCAGCACUCGAGAGUAGAGGAAUUCGAGGCGGAGCUGAACCCAUUUGCGAAGAACAAUCAGGAAGAGAAUGAGUUGUUUUCCGAUGGUUUCCAGUUGCCGGAGAGCAACAAGGAGGAAAAGGAGUUGUCAUCCAUGGACUUCAACCCGCCGCCACCCUCUGUUUUUUACAGUAUGCUCAACCCAUCUACAGAGAAGAAUGACGAGGAGGAUGAUUUGUUUUCCGAGAACUUCCAGCCGCCGCCCAGUUAAUGCAUCCCCUGGUGCAUGUUUGAUAUGCAAUAAGCUCUCAACCCAUCUACCGAUUGAAGACAAUAAGGAGGAGAAAUAAACAGUUGUUUUCCAGAAUUUCCAGCCGCUACUUUGGUGUAAUAUUUUGUCUAAAUCUAUGGAUGAGGUGUUUCAUAUUUUGGGUAUGAGACUAUACUUUAAUUCCUAUUGAGUGAAUGUUGCGUCCUUAUUCUCUAAACUUUAACCUUUAAGCUACGUAAUGAUGCAUUUGGUGUGUUGGAUAGAUUUCAACCAAUCAGAAUCGUCAACAGUUGUUUCUAAUUAAAUUAAUCUUAGAGU